ACACCGGCCGAAGUUUUGGACGUGGAGGACGCGGUGGAGGCAGAGGUGGAGGAGAUCGUGGAGGACGUGGUGGAGGAGACCGUGGAGGACGAGGGGGGUUUUCAUCUCGUGGUGGCGGAAUUCAAAAACGCGGUGCCGCAGCUGGCUCCCGUGGUUCUAAA